UAUAAAAGGUGGAGCCGGUCAAGGCGCCCGGAGCUGCUGACAGGACCAGGUCAGAAGGGGCUCCCUGAGCAGCGCUGCAGCCGGAGCAUUUGGGGCAGCAUUAAGCAACAGCUCGCAGCGUGCACUCUCCCCUCCGAGCCCUCCAGGGCCCCUGCCCCGGAGCCCAGCAACUCUCGGCCGCGGUUCACGCACGCAUCUCCGAGGACCCCUUGCCUCACCUGCGCCUGCCACGCCCGUCCGGCCGCCGGGAUGAGCGAGCUUAACACCAAAACACCUCCAGCAGCCAACCAGGCAUCUGACCCUGAGGAAAAAGGGAAGCCUGGCAGCAUCAAGAAGGCCGAGGAGGAGGAAGAAAUUGACAUUGACCUGACAGCGCCAGAGACAGAGAAGGCCGCCCUUGCAAUCCAGGGCAAGUUCCGGCGAUUCCAGAAGAGGAAAAAGGAUUCCAGCUCCUGAAUGGCCAGGCCUCCCCUUAACCCUUCUACUUCCUCUCUCCCCUCCACAGCUCUGACUCUCACGUAUCUCAUUCCUUCAUCCCUCUAGCCUCUCCCCAAGGCAAGCUUAACCUUUAUAUAUUCUUGUCUCAGGCUCUCUUAAGCCAUCACAGUAGUAGAGGCACAAGGAUGCGAAGGUGAAGACUCUAGCUGGUAGUCACUAGGCUAAGGGUGGAUCAGUCCAUUUAGGAGAACAAAAGGUUUUGAGAUGUGAAAUUCUCCCCUUUGCCUAAUGCUAAGGGCAGGAGGGGGCAAGCCCUCAGAGUGCAGAGCCUCAAGGUGGGGCACAUGUAGGCUUCUGCCAGUUGCACCAUUAACACUUCAGGCAACACUUUCAGCUCCCUCUGCACAACUCCUCCCAUCUCCCGUGUUUCAGCCCUAGUGCAGCUGCACUUUCUCCCGGGCUGACCUAAAUCCAGGAGCUUGCAAAAUGUGGGGUGCAUGCCUUUAGUCCCAGACCUUGGAAGGCAGAGGCAGGUGGAUCUCUGUAUGUUCGAGCCAGCCUGGUUGACAUCAUGAGUCCCAGGUUAGCCAAGGCUACAGAGACCCUGUCUCAAAACAGAACAAAACAAAAACCAAAAAAACCUACCCAUGCAAAAAUAAAUAUAAAUAAAUAAAUAAAUAAGGCGGCUUACUACACUAGUGCAUGCUGAGUAGAUUCCUCCCAAGGAAAGAGAACUGGGGCUGGUAGAGGCAAGGGAGGAAGAGCUUCCUUCACCAUCCAGACUGAGGUCAGAAGAGCCAGUGAUGGCAGAAGGUUCAGGGACGACAGGCCGGGAAAUGAAAACUGAGAAACGUUUAGGAAGGAAAGCAGAACGAGAUGGUCAAGAUGUCUGAAGCUACACACUAUUGUUGUUAACCUAAUACUCCACGAGGGGCUCUCUGGCCUUUGCUAACCUGCCUACCUCUUUACCCGCCCCCAUCUCUAGUCAUCCCUAGAGCCAUGUGAACCAAGUGACACCCCUAUAGCUCUCAGCCACCCCACUGUGGAGUCAGGGCAAACAUCGCCACUGUAUGUGACUUUAGCAUGUUUAAUAAUGAUGACAAUAAAAAAAGCCCUCAAAUGGGGGCAUUGAACCUC